AUGGACCCGGCCGCUCCUCGUCGUCCCCACCUCGACACGACCAUGCUCGAACCUCUCACAGCAGCCUCGACCGCGACCGCCUCGCCCUCUGGCUCACUCGACAAUGACGCCGACGACGACGACCGCGACUCGCUCCUCGACAGCCCCGAGUCCCACUUUGACGACCCGGCCCUCGACCUCGACCACUCGGGCCACGCCCACCACGGCCAUGCCUCGCCAGCGUACGACCGCGAGCAGCGCAGGCGCAUGCGGCGCAUGUACGGCGGCGGACGACACCGCCACCGCGGCCUCCACGCCCCCGGCGCAGGCUGGGACGCAGAGAGCGUCGCCGCCGAGGACGACGAGGGCGAGGGCGAGGGCGCAGUGCGUGCAGGAGAGGGCGGCCGCGUCGGAGAAGUCGCAGGCAUGAUCACCGCAGCAGCCCUCAGCCCCUUCCCCCUCCUCCUUCCUCUCGCCUGCUCCCAGCUCGGGCCGGCCCUCUUCGUCCCCUUGCUCUUCCUUGCGAGUGCACUCGCCUGGCUCGGCGGCGUCGUCAUCGGCGUCGAGGGACGAUACGUUGGCGCUCGCUCGUUCCCGGGUCUCGCGUCGGGCGUCUUCCCGCACCGGUUCAAGCUGCACAAGGUCGGCGAGGUCCUCGCCGCCGCCUUCGUCCUCGGCGGCAGCAUCGUCCGCACAGCCCUCGGCGUCGUCGCGACGGCCGAGAUCGUCGUCGACGUCGUCGUGCCCGAGCGCAGGAGGAGGGACUGGGAGCGAGGGGUCGCCGUCGGCGUCGUCUGCUUGACUUGGCUCCUCGUCCCGCUCCUCCUUCGCCCGCUCCUCUCCCUCCUCGGCCUGUCCAACCGCUCGGCAUCGACCUCGUCCUACGCCCGCCUGUCGUCCACCUCGUCGCCCGACCUCGCCCUCUCGCCCGGCUCUCCCGCCUUCAGCCUCGGGCCCGGCGCAUCCUCGUCGGGCGCACCGCCUCGCGCCAGGUGGACCGCCCUCCUGCGCCUCCCGAGCUGGAGCGUCGCCCUCCUGACGUGGCCCGUCGCCCUCGUCGUGUUUGGCGUCCGCAUGAAGCAGCUCAACCGCAACGCCGCCUUCCACUCGACGUCGUCGUCGCCGUCGCCGCCCUCGUUCGUCAGCUCGGCCGGCGGCGGGCUCGCCGUCGACUUUCCGUUGCUCGACCCAGCCGACGACCAGGGCAUCUCGCUGUGGCCGGCCAUCCUCGUCGUCUUUGCGGCGCCCCUCGGCGCGUCGCACGAGGCGUUCUACCACCUCGCGAGCCUCGCGAGGCCGUCGUCGACCGCGUCUCGCGGCGGCGAGUCGCACGCCCGAGCCGGCGCGUUCUCGCUCGUCGCGGCGGCGGGCGCAGGGGACGAGGACGGCGACGCGGGUGCAGCAGGUGCGAGUGCGGGCGCGGGAGCGGGAGGCCGAGGCGGUGAGCGCGAGGGCAAGCGCAACGGGUACCCGCUCGCGCUUCUCGUCGGACACGGCGGCGCGUUCCUCGUCUCGCUCGGCUGGGCCCUCGUCGGCUCGAUGUCGCUCCCCUCGUCCCCUCUUCGACCGGCGCCCGCGACCUCGCCCUCGUCCGACCUGUCCGCCCUCGUGCCGCCUGCGCCCAACCUCCUCACGGACGGCCGCCUCCCACGGGCAGACGCCGCGCUCGGCGCCGUGCGGCUCCUCGUCCUCGCCGCGCUCGUCGCGCAGCUCGAGGCCCACGCGGCGGUCGGGGUCGGGCGCGUGCGGCGGGCCGUGCGCGGGCUCGGCGGCGAGGGCGGCAAGGCGCGUGCGGCGAGGCGGACGGCGGCGCGUGUCGUCGUGUGGGCCGCGGUGGCCGGGUUGGCGGCCGUGCUCGUCGCAGUGCCGGCUGUCGCGCGAGGCAGAGGAGGGAAGAAGGGGCCAGGUUGGGCGGGCGAGGGCAAGCACCCGAGGGGUCACGGCGAGGGCAUGCUGCGCGUCGCAGAGUGGUGCGGCGUCUUCCUCGGCGGCGUCGGCGGCUGUCUCGUUCCCGCCAUUGCCUACCUCGUCCUGUUCCACCUGCGCCGCCCUCGCUCCAUCCUCCUCCCACCCUCGACCUCUCCCUCUGCUUCGACCGACACGUCUGCGUCGACGACCGACGCCCUCCUCGCUCGCAAAGAGCGCCAGAUGCAGCGUCGCCUGUCGGGCCGGCGUGUGUGGACCGAUGCGGGCGUGUUUGGGUUGCUCGGGCCGGUCGGGGUCCUUUUGGUCGCGAGGGGUGCGGUCGUGCUCAUCGGCGGGUGAGGAGCAUUUGUAGAACGAGGCAUCGAGGGCCGAGUGUAUUUCGUUUGCGGCUCGUCGCUGUC